AUGUACAAAGGGAAAAGAAAGUACAUUGAAAUUUGGCAGAAAGUUGAAAUUGCUGAAUUUUACAUUCAACACCAAAAUGAGAUGAGCAUGAGAGAUGUUGCUGCAAAGUUUCAUGUCAACUCCUUUAGCUCGAUUUCCGAAUGGGUGAAUAAGCUUGAUGAGUUGAAGAAAUCAGUAAAAUCUGAUAAAAAAUUAAAAUUAGAAAGCUUCACUCAAUUUCCAGAGCUAGAGAAAGAACUAGUUCAUUGGUUUACUGCAAUCCGUGAGCAAGGUAUUCAGGUUCUCAGAUCAACGAUUGAGGAGAAAGCAAAAAGUUUGGCGGCAGAAAUGGGAUUGGCGCGAUUCGGCUGUGGAGAUAAAUGGUGGCAAGGAUUUAGGACCAGAAAUAAUUUAUCUUUCAGAAAAAUCAAUGCCUCAAGCAUUAAGCCAAUCGAAAAAGAGGCAGAACUUGUCAGGCAAUACCUAGAUGAUUUAGCGUCAUUGCUUCCUCAAUUCGUUCCAUCUAACAUUUACAAUUUCGAUGAAACGAGAUUUGAUUGAGAUGUAAAAAGCAAGUUCACUUAUGAUUCAAGGGAACUCAACGAAUUCUAG